GUGAUGUGGCUCAACACCUCUACCUCCCCAUUCCUGCUUACAGGCUUCCCAGGCCUGGAGAAGGCACAUUACUGGAUCUCCUUUCCAUUGUUGAUGGCCUACAUCUCCAUACUGCUUGGCAAUGGCACCCUCCUUUUGCUCAUUAAGGAAGACCACAACCUCCAUGAGCCUAUGUACUAUUUCCUAGCCAUGCUGGCAGCCACGGAUCUCGGAGUGACACUGACCACAAUGCCCACGGUGCUGGGGGUUCUCUGGUUAAGUCACAGGGAGAUAGGCCACGCGGCCUGCUUCUCCCAGGCAUACUUUAUCCACACUCUUUCUAUUGUGGAGUCAGGUGUCUUGCUUGCCAUGGCCUAUGACCGUUUCAUUGCCAUCCGCAACCCAUUAAGGUAUACCUCCAUCCUUACUGACAGCAGGGUAGUGAAGAUCGGGGUGGGCGUGUUGACCAGGGCUGGUCUGUCAAUUAUGCCCAUCAUCAUUCGCCUGCCCUGGUUUCCUUAUUGUCGAUCCCAUGCACUCUCCCACGCAUUCUGUCUGCACCAGGAUAUAAUCAAGCUAGCCUGCGCUGACACCACUUUCAAUCGUCUCUAUCCUAUUCUGUUUGUGUUUGCAGUGGUUCUGAUGGAUUUUCUGACCAUCUUUUUCUCCUACAUUUUGAUUCUCAAGACUGUCAUGGGCAUUGCUUCUAGUGAUGAACGAGCCAAGGCCCUCAACACAUGUGUCUCCCAUGUCUGUUGCAUCCUGGUCUUCUAUGUCACCGUAGUUGGUCUGACAUUUAUUCACAGGUUUGGAAAGCACAUUCCUCAUGUGGUCCACAUCACGAUGAGCUACGUGUAUUUCCUUUUCCCUCCUUUUAUGAACCCUGUCAUCUAUAGCAUCAAAACCAAGCAGAUCCAGAAUGGUUUGCUUCGCUUAUUCUCUCUGCCUUGCUCUAGAGCUUGA